UUUCUCCGACGCGGCAUUUUGUAUUGUCGGGUAUCGUCAAAUUGAAAAAAUCCGUUAACAUGAAUCCAAGUGGUACGAAGACGCAUAAUUAAUUGCAAGUAAAGAGGAGGAUGUCCGAGAAUUGAAAAUCUAAAAAUUCCGUAUUCAUCUUUGCGACUAAUCUAAGAAAUUUGGAACGGAAGCGUUUUGGAGUGAGAAGUGCAUCCGCUGGUUGUUUCUAAAGUUACUUUAAACAAUUUUAAUAAAAAUGACCGCGUCGCUAUCGGUGCUGGCGACUCACGACGAGCUCGUGCGAUGCACGAACGUCCUUGUCAAUGGAUCCUGCGAAGAAGAGUUUCUUCGCUUUGCUAUAAACCAAGAGGAAGUACGACAGAAAUGGUUGGCAUCGGUACAAGAGUGUCAGCGGCUACAUUCCAGCCUAGAGAAGGCACAUCUGGAAGCAGCCGAUCUCGACAGGAAGCUGAGCCAUGCCAGGAGGUUACUGGACGAGGAGAAGAGAAAACGGCGCAUAGCAGAGGAGCAAAGGAAUUCUCUUGAGCGACAAAUAGCACUUGCCAGGGAUUUGUUGUUCAACGACGGAGGAAGGAAUCUAAAUGAUGAAACUAGAGAGAAGUUGCAGUUUUUAAAUAACACUACUUUGAACGGUCGUCAUAGUAAUCCCAACAUAAAGGAUCCAUAUACCGAGAAGCUGAAUACUAUAGCGGAGCUGGACUCCACCGGUUCCAUUUUAAGCGAUAUGAGUUGCUUCUCAAAAUCGGAAGAUGACUUAGACACGAGUAUCAUUCUUCAUCAUGUCCAAAAGAAAAGGGAAUGGAAGGAACAUAGGCCCAGUGGCGAGUAUUCAGCUAAAAAGAGAAGAAGCAAUACUCAGAAAGUGACCGAGCUGAAUACUUCGGAUAGAUUAGUAGCCACGACUACGGUGAUCGUACCUAAAGAAGGGACCAUAACGGCAUCCUCUGUAAUAGAGGCGAUUCCUGGAGAUGAAAACAAGAAUCCCCAUUCUCCUCAUCGUAGUCCAAGGAAAAGACACAAGAGCGGAGAUCGCAGCCGAUCCAAGUUGGCAGAAAUAAACAUAAACAACGUAGACGACGAUCCAAUCAACAUCAUUCCUUCGGCACCUAAAGCUGACAUCCUGACAUCUGGUUCCGAGUCGGAAGGAGUGUUCAAGCCGAGUCCAAACAUCGGAGGCUAUACUUUUCACACGAAAACAUCGAGGGGCCACAGUUUUACCGCGAAAACUGUGAUCAAGCCAGAAAUAUGUACUCCAUGUGGUAAAAGAAUAAGAUUCGGCAAGGCAGCCCUUAAAUGCAGAGAUUGCAGAGCAACGACCCAUGCAGAAUGUAAGGAUUUGGUACCGCUUCCUUGCGUACCAACAGGAAAUACACCUACUCUGCGAGGUGCAGCUGGCACCAUUGCGGAUUACACCCCAAUGAUUCCACCCAUGGUACCGUCCUUGGUAGUCCACUGCAUCAACGAGGUAGAAUUGAGAGGACUGAACGAGCAAGGAUUGUACAGAGUAAACGGGGGCUCCGCGGAGGUGAAAUCUCUGAAAGAAAAAUUCCUGAAGGGCAAGGGUGCGCCUAAUCUCUCAGAAAUCGACAUUCCCACAAUUUGCUCGACUUUGAAAGAUUUCCUCAGGACCCUUCGAGAGCCUCUUAUCACCGUUGGUCUCUGGGCCGAUUUCGCCAGAGCCACAACGAUCGAGGACAAACAGGAUGCGGAUGCCGCGCUUUAUCAAGCGAUAUCCGAGCUUCCGCAGCCGAAUCGAGACACACUUGCCUUCCUGAUCUUGCACUUGCAAAGGGUGUCGAGCACUCCGGAGUGCAAGAUGCCGAUAAGCAAUCUGGCCAAAGUGUUCGGUCCCACUCUGGUAGGAUACAGCUGUCAGGAGCCGACCCCCACCUCGAUGCUGAGUGAAACGAAGAGCCAAGUGGCUAUCGUGGAGAGCUUGUUAAAAAUCCCUUCGGACUACUGGGCUAAUUUUGUCAACCCCGAGAGCCUGAAUGGCAUUGGCACUCCGAAAGCAGGAGAACUGAGACACACUCCGUCAACCGAGUCUCUUCUGAAGAGAACCGUAUCUCGAGGAUUUUUUAACACUCCGUUGGGCUCGAGCCGUCCUUUCAUGAGGAAGAAAAAAUAUUUUGCUACGCCACCGUCGCAAAGUGGUUUUUGAGGCGGCCCAAUUUAUGAUUUAUAAAUUAAUUAUAUUCUCUAUUAUUACCACACCAUGGGUCCACUCGUAGAAGUAAGUCUUCGUAAUUUUGUAAUAAACCGUACAAAGAAGUAAAGCGGGUAAAAGACAAGAGUUCGACGAAGAGGAUCGCAAAUCGCGCAUCGAUUCGGUACCUAAAGCUGAAAUAAGCUGCUCCACAAGGAUGCCCCAGAGAAGAAAAGAAAACUACUAACUAAGGAAAUGCGGACGACGAUUGCUCAGGAAGAAUUUUUUUUCGGCGGGAAGUUCCACGACUUGCGGUAAAAGCCGCCGAGUUGGUCGUGUACGCGCCAGUUAUUUAUUACACUUUGUUUUUACCUUUUAACCCACUGCACAGCGUUCAUUUCGUAUUUUAUCGUCCUAGGGUAUAGAUCCUUUUCUACACGAGGAAAUAUAAAGCUUUAAAUUUGA